CAAAUGAUUUGUUCUUUUUCAAAAUUAAAUAAUACAAUAACAAAAGACGGUGAUACAAAGUUAAAAAAAAGUGAACUCGAAAUUCGUAGCACGGAUAACAUUGAAAUAAAUUGUUCAAACUCUUUGUACGUGAUUACAAAUAUGAAAAAGUUACAAGUGGAUAAAAUUUUGAAAAGAAUAAUAGUUCAAAAGAAAUUUAUAUGAUCAAUUCUUUUUGACUAUAUAAACAACAACAUUUCAAAUACAUAUUUAUUAAUAUGAGUAACGUAACAUCACCAAAAGUUACAUUAAGAUCAGUGCUACGACUUAAUAAUGAUGAUUUCAAAGAGUUCAUAUGUGGUUGGGGUGCAGCAGUUAUUAAUGUUUCUAUUACCUUUCCUCUUAAUAAAAUCAUAUUUAGACAGAUUUUAGAAGGUGUUCCAGCGCGUACUGCUUUUCAACAAAUAUCACAAGAAGGAAUAAGAUUAUUGUAUCGAGGAAUUCUACCACCGUUAUGUCAAAAAACUUUAUCACUUAGUUUAAUGUUUAGUACGUAUGAAGGAUGUAGACAAAGACUGUGUAUAUUAACAGGAAAUGAAAUGUUUGCUAAAAUAUUAGCUGCCAAUAUGGCCGGUGCUGCAGAAGCUAUUCUCACUCCUCUUGAAAGAGUACAAACGCUAUUGCAGGAUUGGCGAUAUCAUAAAAAAUUGAAAAAUACUACUCAUGCAUUCAAAUAUUUACUAACAAAUUACGGAAUAACAGAAUGUUAUCGUGCUUUAGUACCUAUCAUUUAUAGAAAUGGAUGUUCUAAUCUUAUGUUUUUCACACUUCGUGAUCAAUCUAAAUUAUUAUUAGGUAAUCAAGAAUCAUUGUUAACAAAUUUUGUUUGUGGAGCUUUAAUUGGUGGUUUUACUAGUACAGUAUUUUAUCCAAUGAAUGUUAUUAAAAUACAUAUGCAAUCGAAGAUAGGUGAACCAUUUGAACAAUUUCUAGCUGUAUCUCGUGAGAUUUAUAUUUCUAGAAACAGAAGUAUAAGAUGGUUUUACAAAGGUGUGCAUUUAAAUUAUAUACGUUCAUUCAUUAGUUGGGGUAUAAUAAAUGCAUCUUAUGAUUUUCUCAAAACUAUUGUAUAUCAAGAAAGUUUAUAAUGUAAUGUAUAUGAUAGUUAAAUCCGAACUUCAUUUGUACCUAAGUAAUAAUAGCAAAAUUUAUUUUAUUAAUUACAAUUUUUAUCAUGUAAUUUCUCAAAAUGGUGCGUUAAACGCACAUUCCUCCUGCUGGUACAGAAACAGGAGCACAUAGAUAAGACUUAUUUAACGCGCAAUAUAAUUAUAUAAAUAUUAUUUUAGCAUAAUUACUUUUUAUAGACAAAGUUAUUUAAUGGUGCAAUAAACAGCACACAUCCCCCAUUAGUAAAAAUAUUUAACAAUAA